GAUAAAUCUAGGGCAAGAGAGAAUAAGGGGACUGUUGGCAGCUCAGCCCAAGUAAACAACUCUGGAUGGAAGGCAGGGCCAAUUCGCCUCUGGAGAUAAGGGUUGGGACUGAGGGGAGGGAGGAGUCAAGAAUCAGUCUGAGGCCACAGCUAGUGGGAGAGCUCAGCACCGCCCCUGGGAGGGCUGCCUCUGGCCAGGGUCUUGGGGCAGUCUGGGCUGAAACGGGGAAACCCGAACAAGCAACCUGUUUCUUUGGGAAGCCAGAGCUCCCAGGAGAGGCAGCCAGUGUGCCAAGGGCUCGAUCCAAGAGAAGGAGAACAAAAACUGUUAAUAGGCCAAGCGGGCCACCUGUCCAGGCUGGGGAGAAGCAAGACUCUAUAUGAAGCAAGACAGAGAUCCUGAGAAACCACCAAACCUGUGCUAAACUGGGCUCUAAAACAAGUCUCUGACCUGAUUGUGGUCAGACCUCCUGGGAGAACGCAGAGGACCCUAGAGUGGUCAGGUCGAGAUCCUCGUGUGACAAGUCUCCAAAGCGCAAAAGCCGUUCACAGGUCCCAGAGCCGACCUUUCAACUAGAGAAGCUAUGCUCCAAACAAACCACGCAGAACGAAAACCAAAAUCCAGCCCUACAGGGUAACCCCUCUCCAGUGGCACUUCUGGGCUGACCCCGGCCCCGGCCCCGCCCCCGCCGCCGCGGCCCCGCCCCCGCCGCUCCCGAGGAGCCUGGGUUCCCAGGGCCCGGACCACCCGCGCGGCUUGGAGGGAUCUGGCCGGGGGCCACCCAAGCUCAACCGAGAGUGCACAGGUGCCGCACGGCAGCGACCGGCCGGGGAACCGUAAGGACAUCCAGGUUCCCUGUCCCCCCACCCCUCGGUUACGGAAAGCUUGCUUUCUCUAGGUGACCAUCCCUGUCAACCAGACUUGGCGCUCCCAGGCCACACGUCUCCCGUCAGAAAGCAGACAAAAGAUCUGGGUUGGACGGCAGGCAAGUACCUGCUGUGUGCCAGGCACGAGUGCCCCCGCCUCAUCCCAGGGGGCAGUCAUGUGCAUUGAACAGCGAAGAAACUGAGUUUCACCCCACUUUGCUCGCGCCCGGUUUCUCACCGUUUGUUUUUUUUUUUUUUUCUAGUACGUGAAACACACACUCCAAUCGAAAUCCCUGAAAAGCCUCGAUUUCCACAAAAGUUAGGGAUGGGAGAAGGGGGGUCCAUCGCGCAGCGCCAGGGUGGUUUCCGGGGACUUCCUGGGAAGCUCGGCUCUAAGCACGGGUGGAAGCUGCCUCUUGGGGGAGGCCAAGGGUUCGAAACCCGCCAGGCGGAGGGCACCUGUCCCCGCCCACGGGGAGCCCCGGAGGCCGGGCGCCUUCCCCCCGCCGAGGCCAGCGCGAUGCCGGGAGGCGGGGGGUCCCGCACCGCUGGGGCGCGGCUCCGGCGACUGCGGGUUCCGAGUCCUCCCGGCCGCAGACCCGGGACAGGAAGCUCCCGGACGGACGGGCGGACAGACAGACCCAGCCUGCCCUCGACUCCCUCCCCGGCCGGGCGGGGAGCCAACACUCACUCCGCCGGGCGCCGCGGAGCGGAAGGCGCGGCGGCGCAGACUCACCCGGGCGGCUGCGGGGCCAGCUCGGUCACGGUCGCACUACCGGGGACCGGGGGCCCACGACCCCGUCCCCUCGGGCUGCCUCUUCCGGGGCGCUGUGAUCCCAGGGCUCGGGGAGUCCCGACCCAGCAAGGCGGUGGCGGAGAGGGCGCACCGCCCGCGCCGGGACCGGGAUGGGGACGCAGGAAGCGCAGCCUCGAGGCGCCGGCGUGCAGGAGGGAGGGACGGCGAGAGGCCGAGGGCGGCGCCGGCCCCGAGCGGCCUCGGGCCUGGAGAGGCGCCGCCCACCGGUCGACCCUCCCGCCCUGCCCUCCGCACCACCCCCGGGCCGGCGGCACCCACGUCCUCGGGUGGGCUGGGGGAGUGCCGGGCGGGGACGCUAGGCCAAGUCCUCCCCCGCCCCCUGCCGCUAGGAGUUGGCGAAGCAGGGAUGGGGGGAGGGAGCAGGGUCCAGACAACCCCAACCCCGGGCCGCGGAAUGGGACGGCGUGUUCGGGGCGCCGGGGCCCGCCCGCACCGCCCUGGGCCGGUGGUUUGCGAGGUGACUGA